AUGUCUUUCGAUCCCAACGGCAAGAUGCUGAAGGUAGUCAAGAAUUUCCCACGGGCCGUCUCGCAGGACGAGAUCGACCUGUCCGACUUCUGCAUCUGCCUCGACUGCCGCGCCGGCCACUGCAACGAGCACGCCACGUACACCCGUUUCAAGCGCCACCUCAACCUCAGAAACACCUCCGCCGCCCUCGUCCGCAAGGCCAUGAAGGCGGAGAAGAAGCACCAAGGCCUAGCCAUCCUGUCCAACCUCCCGCCCGAGCUGGCAUGCGACAUCGCCCUCCACCUCCCCAUCCAAGAGCUCCACCGCCUCUCCACCUGCCCGCCGUUCCAGCCCUUCUGGGCCGCCCACGAGGCCUACCUCAUCCGCCACCUGCUCGCCGAAUACGCCGCGGAGGCCAAGCUCUACCCGCUCGCCGCCAUCUUCGGCACCGCAGCUGCCAACAACAUGACGGCGCACCAGCGCAUCCUCUACUUCGAAUCCAUGCGCGCCUGCACCGACGCCGUCGUCGCGCACUUCACCACCACCCUCUCCCUCCCUCCCGACAUGAGCACCCGCCUGCGCGUCGCAGUCCAACACCUCUGGCGCGUCUUUGGCCUCGGCGGCAACGACAGCGCGCUGCCGACGGGCGACGAGCGACGCCGGCGGGGCAUGAUACCGCCGCCGCCCGGCAUGACCACCAGGCGGCAGGCGGCGGUGACGCGUUUCUGCGCACUGCCGCAGGCGCUGCGGCAGGACAUCUGCGCGCUGCUGUUCGAGGAGCUGGGGGCCUACUUCGAGUGCGUGCACCCGGUGUGGAAGCGCAUGGCCAAGCCGGCUGAUGAUAAAAUUAACGCCACGGUCUCGCCGUGGGCGUGGGCGGGGGUGUCGGAUAACGUCGUCGCACAGAUGCGGCGAUGCGGCGUGUGGCGGGCCAGCCUCGCGUACUACGCAUUGGAGAAUGUGCGUGUGGCGAUGCGGGGGAUGUACGCGAAGGCGGCAGCCGCUAGCGCGAACAGUGUCGAGCUGGAUGCGAAGGCGGUCGAGGUGGUGCUGAGGCAGGCGCGGAGGGACGAUGCUGGGUUCAGCAUGGAUCACGAAACCGCGAACUUCUCGUUCGACCACAUCGACACUUACAUCGGCGACAUCAUCUUCGAGAGCAAGAGCAUGAAGCAGAAGUGGAUUUUCCCCGAUCCUUGGACCUACAGCAUUAGCCUGGGUUUCAGUCAGAGGCGCGAGUUCCUUCUGUACCCCCCGCGCGGCCACACGCAUCGCGAUCUCUACGUCGAGAUGUCCAUGGCGAAGUACAUGCCGGACGGAAUGGCUUUGGACAUUGCGAGGUCGACGCAAAAUGUUAUCCACGGCGGAUACGGGCAUGCCCGGAGAAACACUUGGCAGUUUCGGAGGGACCAGGAGGAUAAUGACUGGUUGGCCAAUCCGACGGAUCAUAUGAUGGCUUGGUUGAUGAACUGCGCUUUUCCGUUGCGCCCGCAAGACUACGAGUAG